AUGGAGUCUCCCUUGGUUGCUUACCUGGAACAGAUGUUCUCCAAGAGGCUCGACACCAUGCAGUCCAUGGUAGAGAGGCUCCCAGGAGUAGCUCCCCCCAUCCGGAAGAGCAACCCUGACUCUUAUGCCAACACUCCUUUCACAGACGAUAUCACCUUAAUAGAGAUGCCCAGGAAGUUCUCAUUCCUUAGUAUAAAGGCGUAUGACGGCACCAGCGAUCCGGACGAUCAUGUCGCCCAAUACAGACAAAGGAUGCUCGCUGUAUCACUCCCAAAGGAGUCGCGUGAAGCUACCAUGUGCAAAGGGUUCGGUUCAACCCUGACCGGACCCGCUCUGCAAUGGUGGCCAUUCCCGAAUGCAGCAUCUCCACUGCCAUCUUUGCCUUCAAGAGAGGUCUGCUCCCCGACGGGGACCUCUAUAAGGAGCAGACCAAAUAUCAGUGCAAGACCACGGCAGUCGCACUAUGGCGCAGCUAAAGCAAGACCCAAGGCGGUCAGACCGGACCGAACCGAGCGAGACGAGAAACCCUCUUUAAGAUCAGCCAGGGAUUCCAUAAACCGAAACUGGGGCAGCUACCAGAAUUGGGCGAUCGAGAAGGCAGAAGGGAUGGCAGUGUCCACGUGGCCAGACAUCUCUCACCUCGCCGUCUCAAGGCCGGAGCUGAUAAAUGUUCUGAGGCAGAUGGGCCAACAGGUCAAGAGGCCACAGAAGAUGAAAGCACCCGACUCUUUCCAGAACCCUGGUCUUUGGUGCAAAUUCCACCGCGACCACGGUCACAAAACGGAGGAUUGUAUCGCACUGAAGAUCAAGGUCAACGAAUUGCCUAAGAAAGGACACCUCAGGGAGUUCCUUUCCGAGAAGGCCAAGAGCCAUCUGAGCAAGGAGACAACGGGAAACCCACUGAAGCUGCUCCCGUCUCGCCACCUCGACAGGACCGAGUGA